UGCGUUAAACGCGUGAAAGGGGAAAUAGAACGAUGGUGGGUAUUAUUCGUGGAAUCGAAUUUCAGUAGGAUCUAAUCUUCAGAGGUUUUGCCAAAAGAACAAAAUUUGAAGCAAUUGUUUUUGUGAGCAAACUCUAAUUCCUUACGAUCUCUUGAAAAUCAAUUAUCGAUUUGGGGAUCAGAGGGAAUGGAGAAGGUGAUGAACAUUCUGAAGCCGAAGCCAAAUCCGCAACAACUAUUGAGGGAUUGGCAGCGCAGGCUUCGUCAGGAGUGUCGCAACAUCGAGCGCCAAAUUCGCGAUAUACAGAGAGAAGAAAAAAGUGUGCAGAAGGCGAUCAGAGAAGCUGCAAAGAGGAAUGACAUGGGCUCCGCAAAGGCACUUGCCAAGGAACUUGUGAGAUCUAAGAAGACUGUUAACCGUCUCUAUGAAAAUAAAGCACAAAUGAAUUCUAUAUCGAUGCACCUUGGAGAGAGCGUUGCAAUUGCUCGUACCGUGGGGCAUCUGUCAAAAAGUGCUGAGGUUAUGAAGCUGGUCAAUAAUCUCAUGAAGGCUCCCGAAAUGGCUGUGACAAUGCAAGAGUUCAGCAAAGAAAUGACUAAGGCAGGAGUUAUCGAGGAGAUAGUAAAUGAUGCUGUGGACACAGCACUAGAUUCCGAGGAUAUAGAAGAUGAGAUAGAAGAAGAAGUCGAUAAAGUGUUGACUGCAAUAGCUGGUGAGACAGCUGCACAACUUCCUGAAGCUGUGAGGAAAGAAAGGGUGAAACAACCUGGUCAAAGUGUUGGAGCCUCAGAGGAAGAGGCUAUAGCAGAGGGUGUUGAUGAUGAGGAAGAAAUGGAAGAAAUUAGGGCCCGACUUGCUAAAGUUAGAUCAUAAGCAAGUAUUAUAAUCUCGCACCCUCUACCUUGUACUCUGGUGUGUUAUAAGGGAGAUUGAGAUGUUGACAGGUUUGUAUCUUAUUUGUUGAAACAGACAAUUGAUAAUUAUAAUGGCUAAUAUAGUAUUGUGAAGGGAGGUUCGUAUGUAAUUACACGAAGUUCUUGAAAAUGUCUCGAGCUGUAGUUAUUU